AUUAAUGGUUAUGGUUUAAGUUUAUUUCGAACAUGCAUACAAUUAGAACAUGAUACAUCACAAUUUCCAGUUUCUCUUUUCAACAUGUUCGAAAAGGAAUAGGAAGAAGAAGCGCCUAUGUAUUCUGACCCCUUUUCCAUUACAUAGUAAUUGCUGACACUUUUGUUCACUUCCUGUUCUCAAUUUAUUCACAAUAUACUCCAUAAAUAAUAACAUUUAAAAAAUGAAUAAUAAGUAGUGAAGUAAGUUGUAUUUUAUAUAGUGUACUGAAAAGUCAAAGUAUUUUCAGAUUUUUCGCCACAUAUUGCUAUUGUAUCAAAAGUUUAUGGUAUUUUUUCAGUUUUUACUGUUGUUAGGUUUUUUUCUACACAAUAUGCUGUGGGCCAACAAAUCUUUCAGUAAAUGCCCCCUGGGCCGCGUUUUCAACACACCAGCACCAAGACACUUCAUUGUAAUCCACACAAAGAACACUAAAAAAACCCUGAACUUUAGUCAGUCAGUCCAGGCACAUCAUUUUAUUGUUCAAUAAACACACCCACAAACAGACAUAUUUAAUAUACAGGAGCUGAACUCAGUCAAUAUUUUAAAGUAUAUGAUCAAAUGGAAAAUUUUUAGUUACACUUAACGUCUUGAAAAUGGGAAAACAAAGAGAAAAGAGGCUCUGGAGGGAAAACAUUUCAAAUAAAACACUAUCAUGGGCAACCUAAACAGAAAUCAGAAAAAUCACCAAUUGAAGAAAUGAUCUGAAAACCUACCCUAAAUAAGCUGUGAAACCGUCAAAGUGGAGAAAGGGUUAAAGAGAAAACACUGAUCAAGAGGUUAUCAAUAUAGCACACACGCGGUUAUGUAAGCUUUGCUGGGCUUUGAAGUUAUCUGUCCGCUCUGUAUUUUACCCCUGCGACUGAGGAAUACAAUACUGAAUGAGUGAUCGCAGCUGCUCUACCUCGAUAAGGUUAAAAUGCCUUUGCGUGGAAGCUCAAUUUUCCUCCUGUUAUGCAUUGCUCUGUUGUCAUCAUGGAGAGCUUGCGAAGGUGGCAAGAUUUUAGUAGUCCCUUUCGAGGGUAGCCACUGGGUCAAUAUGGACAUCAUGAUCAGAGCUCUCCAUGCUCAAGGACACUCUGUUGAUGUGAUUCGCACUGACACGAGCUGGUACAUCAAAGAGAACUUACUGCACUACAACUCCAUCACCGUAUCGGGCAGCAAAGGGCUUGACAGUGACUUUGUCAACCCAGUCCUUGCAAAGAUUUUAGCCAUCGAGAGGGGACAGAGCUCUGUUAUGAUGUUUGCUAGUCUGACGUAUGAGUCGUUCCAGGUGGGUUUUAGCUUGCAUGCGCUCAUGAGCGACAUGGCGAGGAAUUUACUAAAAGAUGAAGAUUUAAUGGCCCGUCUGAAGGAGCAUCAGUAUGACCUGGUCCUUACUGACCCAGCGGGGGGUGCAGGCAUCAUUUUGGCUCAUGCGCUAAAGCUACCUUUAGUCUACAAUGUGCGCUGGGUGACAAGCGGGGAGGGGCAUCUGUUCAUUGCACCAUCUCCUUUGUCUUACAUUCCCAUGACCGGCUCUGGGUUGUCUGAUAAAAUGACUUUCUUUGAGAGGGUAAAGAAUCUUGUCUUCUUUAGCCUUUGGAAGGCUCAGUUUGCAUUUUUUAUCAAACCCCAUUAUCAAGCAGUUUGCACUGAAUUCUUUGACUCAAAGGUUGAUUACAAUGACUUAGUACAAGCAGCAGACCUUUGGCUCAUGAGAGUGGACUAUGUGUUCGAGUUUCCUCGCCCCACCAUGCCCAACGUCAUCUAUAUUGGAGGAUUCCAGUGUAAACCUGCCAAGCCUCUACCAGAACACCUGGAGGAGUUCAUGCAAAGUUCUGGAGAACAUGGAGUCAUCUUCAUGUCCCUUGGGACUUUUGUGAGCGAACUACCUGCCGACUUAGCCGAUAAGAUAGCAGCGGCUUUUGCCAAGUUGCCUCAGACGGUCAUCUGGAGGUAUAAAGGUGCCAAACCUUCAACUCUUGGCAACAACACUGUCCUGGUGGACUGGGUGCCACAGAACGACCUCCUUGGACAUCCCAAGAUGAAACUUUUUGUGGCUCACGGCGGGACAAACGGUGUCCAGGAAGCUAUGUAUCACGGCGUGCCCGUUGUGGGAAUACCUUUGUUUUUCGACCAGUAUGACAAUUUGAGGCGUCUCACGGACAGAGGGGCAGCAGUGUUGAUCACAUUAGCCUCAGUGGACAAAGACAACAAAUUCCUGAAGGCCCUGCAGGAAGUUCUUACAAAUUCAUCCUACAGGACAAACAUGCAGAGACUCUCCAGGCUGCACAGAGAUCAGCCAAUCACAUCGUCCGACAGCGCCAUCUUCUGGAUCGAGUUUAUCAUAAGACACAAAGGUGCAGCUCACCUGAGGACCAAAUCCUACAAGCUGCCCUGGUACGCCUACUACUCUGUGGACGUGUUCUUUACUUUAUUUUCAACUGUCGCAAUGAUGAUUCUUCUCCCACUUAUGUUUUUGAGGAAAUAUGUAACAAACAAACAGAAAAUAAAGUUAAAUUGA